AUAAAUUGAAAAACAAAAUACUGUGCAGACAGAGAGUAGAGAAGAAUCGGGAUUCGACUGCCGGUAGGGUUUAUCGUCUUUCAUCGAUUCGAGAAUGUCGGCGCCGGCGAGCACUCCGAAAUCGGAGACGGGAUCAGAAACAGAGAACACACCGAAUCCAAAUACUGACCUAACACCUCAUUCGCUGGCUCCGACCGACAACACCUCGAGUCCUCCGCUUGUUUGCGUGCUUAAAUUUGCGGGUGAUUCGGCCGCCGGUGCUUUCAUGGGCUCCAUUUUCGGCUACGGUUCUGGAUUGGUUAAAAAGAAGGGUUUUAAAGGUUCCUUUACUGAGGCUGGAUCUUCAGCCAAGACAUUUGCAAUUUUAUCUGGAGUGCACAGUUUAGUUGUUUGCUUUUUAAAGCGAUUGCGGGGAAAAGAUGAUGUUAUAAAUGCUGGAGUUGCAGGAUGCUGCACUGGCCUUGCUCUAAGCUUUCCAGGUGCACCACAGGCAUUGCUCCAGAACUGUCUGACGUUCGGGGCAUUCUCAUUUAUAAUCGAAGGUCUCAACAAGCAACAACCGGCACUUGCGCUACCAUUCUCUAAAGCUAUCAAUCUUCACCACCACCACCACCACCAUGUGAUUCCUCCUCUGUCACUCCCCCUGCCAAAUCAACUAAUGCAGUCCUGGUCGUCGUUUCUCCAAUCCACAAGAAAAUAAAUAAGGCUAAUGCAUAUAUCUUUUGGAUUAAUCAACUGGAGAGUGCUAAUCAUAGGCCUUGGAUCAGUUCUUGCAAAUAAUAGGGUAUCGUUUUACAGCCUUUGAGUUUUCAAUUUGGUGGAGCCUCAAAUUAUGCAGGUGAUGUUAUGUUAAUUUUAGCUUAUGGAUAUUUUAUGCAAAAGAUGUUAAGGUUUUCAUUUGCGCAUGCUUUAUGCUGAUCUUUUACGGCUGAGGGAUUUAGAUGAGAUCGAACACAUAAUAGCAUCUCUGUCGAUUUUAGAUUUUAGAUUUGAGAUUUUAUUUUAUUUUAAAAUAAAAAAUAGAUAUUUGAUC